GCCAUGGCCAGCCUGCGAGGGAGCACCGUAAUGGUCUGCCUUCUCUGGAUGCUGCUGCUAUGGAGUGGGGACGGUGGCUGUCAGGCCCAGAGGGCAGGUUGCAAAACCGUUCACUAUGAUCUGGUCUUCCUCUUGGACACCUCCUCCAGCGUGGGCAAGGAGGACUUUGAGAAGGUCCGGCAGUGGGUGGCCAACCUGGUGGACACCUUUGAGGUGGGCGCCGACCGCACACGCGUGGGGGUCGUGCGCUACAGCGACCGGCCCACCACCGCCUUCGAGCUGGGCCUCUUCGGGUCGCGGGAGGCGGUCAAGGCAGCGGCGCGGCACCUGGCCUACCAUGGCGGCAACACCAACACGGGUGACGCGCUGCGGUACAUCACCCGCCACAGCUUCUCGCCGCAGGCUGGCGGCCGCCCCGGGGACCGCGCCUUCAAGCAGGUGGCCAUCCUCCUGACGGACGGCCGCAGCCAGGACCUGGUGCUGGACGCUGCGGCCGCCGCCCACCGGGCCGGCAUCCGCAUCUUCGCCGUGGGUGUCGGAGAGGCGCUGAAGGAGGAGCUGGAGGAGAUGGCCUCGGAGCCCAAGUCCGCCCACAUCUUCCACGUGUCCGACUUUAACGCCAUCGACAAGAUCCGGGGCAAGCUGAGACGCCGCCUGUGUGAGAACGUGCUCUGCCCCAGCGUCCGUGUGGAAGGAGAUCGCUUCAAGCACAUCAAUGGCGGAACCAAGGAGAUCACAGGUUUUGACCUGAUGGACUUGUUCAGUGUGAAGGAGAUCUUGGCGAAGAGAGAGAACGGAGUGCAGAGUUCCUAUGUCCGGAUGGGAUCCUUUCCUGUGGUGCAGAGGACCGAGGAUGUGUUCCCGCAAGGUUUGCCUGAUGAGUACGCCUUUGUCACAACCUUCCGGUUCAGGAAGACGUCUCGGAAAGAAGACUGGUACAUCUGGCAGGUCAUCGACCAGUACGGCAUCCCGCAGGUAUCCAUCCGGCUGGACGGCAAGAACAAGACGGUCGAGUACAACGCUGUGGGUGCCAUGAAGGAUGCCGUCAGGGUGGUUUUCCGCGGUCCCCGGGUCAACGACCUCUUUGACCGGGACUGGCACAAGAUCGCCCUGAGCAUCCAGGCCCAGAAUGUCUCCCUCUACGUCGACUGUGCACUGGUGCAGACGCUGCCCAUCGAGGAGAGGGAGAACAUCGACAUCCAGGGGAAGACCGUAAUCGGCAAACGACUCUAUGACAGCGUGCCCAUCGACUUCGACCUACAGCGGAUUGUGAUUUACUGUGACUCCCGACACUCAGAAUUGGAGACCUGUUGUGACAUCCCCUCAGGCCCGUGCCAGGUGACAGUGCUGACAGAGCCUUCACCCCCGCCCCAGCAGCCUCCCACCGCCGGCAGUGAACAGAUUGGGUUGUUGAAGACCAUCAACUGCUCCUGCCCAGCUGGAGAAAAGGGUGAAAAGGGCUUCGAUGGCCCCAUGGGACUCCCCGGCCCAAAGGGAGACAUGGGAGCCACUGGUCUGGUUGGAGCUCCUGGACCCAAAGGAGAGAAAGGCGACAUGGGCAGAGGGACUUUUGUCCAAGGAGAAAAGGGUGAAAAGGGUUCCCUGGGCCCGCCUGGUCCCCCUGGGAGAGACGGAAGCAAAGGCAUGCGGGGGGAGCCAGGAGAACCAGGAGAGCCAGGGCUGCCCGGAGAGGUGGGCAUGAGGGGAUCCCAAGGACCAGCUGGACUUCCUGGACCUCCCGGACACGUUGGAGCUCCUGGUCUCCAAGGAGAACGAGGUGAAAAGGGAGCCCUAGGAGAAAAGGGGGAUCGAGGCCUGGAUGGAUUCCCUGGGAAGCCUGGAGAGACAGGAGAGCAGGGAAGACCUGGCCCUCCAGGUGCGGCGGGGCCCCAGGGAGAGAAGGGUGACAUGGGGCCUGCAGGACCUCCUGGUGCACCAGGCUCUGUGGUGCAGAGAGAAGGCCUGAAAGGCGAGCAGGGAGCGCCGGGACCACGAGGUCACCAGGGCCCACCUGGGCCUCCAGGAGCUCCGGGUCUGACAGGUCUAGAAGGCAAGGACGGACCUCCUGGUUUGCAAGGUGUCCAAGGGAAGAAAGGUGAAGUGGGCCCACCUGGAAUCCCUGGAUUGCAGGGGCUGCAGGGCGCUCCAGGACCACCUGGCAUUCCAGGCCCCCCUGGACCCGGAGGCCCCCCGGGUUUACCUGGAGAGAUCGGCUUCCCGGGAAAACCUGGGCUCCCCGGGCAGGUGGGGCCUCCUGGAAAGGAUGGGUUGAACGGACCCCCAGGCCUGCCGGGACCCAAGGGAGAGCCAGGAGAAAGAGGGGAAGAUGGUCUGCCAGGGAAACCUGGCCUUCGGGGUGAAGUUGGGGAGCAGGGCCUGGCAGGCCGGCCUGGGGAGAAGGGGGAGGCAGGGCUCCCGGGUGCUCCAGGAUUCCCCGGCGUGAGGGGAGAGAGAGGAGAACAGGGAGAGAAAGGUGAACUGGGCCUCCCAGGACUGAAAGGUGACCAAGGUGAAAAGGGUGAAGCUGGUCCAGCAGGCCCCCCUGGAUUACCUGGAACUACGUCCCUGAUCACACCGCACCCGAGGAUGCCAGGAGAACAAGGGCCAAAGGGAGAGAAGGGCGACCCUGGCGUGCCUGGGGAACCGGGAUCACAAGGCCGUCCUGGAGAAUUAGGGCCUCAGGGACCCACUGGACCGCCGGGUGCCAAGGGACAAGAAGGGGCACAUGGGGCGCCCGGAGCAGCUGGGAACCCUGGCACUCCUGGACCUGUAGGGUCCCCUGGUCCCAGUGGCCCCCCAGGAAGUAUGGGCCCCCCCGGCAUCAGAGGCCCCCCUGGGAAAGACGGGGAGCGUGGAGAGAAGGGAGCAGCAGGUGAAGAGGGGAGCCCAGGGCCAGCUGGCCCCAGGGGUGAUCCUGGUGCUCCCGGGCUCCCUGGGCCACCUGGAAAGGGGAAUGAUGGAGAGCCGGGACUUCGUGGACUACCUGGAUUACCUGGACCUCCAGGAACCAAGGGGGACCAAGGUGCCCCUGGGAUACCUGGCUCUCCCGGCAACCGUGGCGACCCGGGCAUUGGAAUUACUGGCCCUCCUGGCCCUUCUGGACCACCAGGAGACAAAGGGCCUCCGGGAUCUCGAGGCUUACCUGGAUUCCCCGGGCCCCAGGGCCCAGCAGGCCAGAAUGGUCUACCAGGAAAUCCAGGAGAAAGAGGGCCUCCUGGUAAACCAGGCCUCUCUCCACUGCUGUCUCCAGAGGACAUAAAUCUCUUGGUUAAGGAUGUGUGCAAUGACUGUCCUGCGGGCCCCCCAGGCCUCCCUGGUCUGCCAGGUUUUAAAGGGGACAAAGGUCUCCCAGGAAAGCCAGGGAGAGAAGGCACAGAAGGGAAAAAGGGAGAUGCUGGGCCCAGAGGCCUCCCAGGGCCCCCUGGAAUAGCUGGACCACAGGGAAGUAAAGGAGAGCGUGGUGCAGACGGUGAGGUUGGACAGAAAGGUGAUCAGGGUCAUCCUGGAGUUCCAGGUUUCAUGGGGCCCCCAGGGAACCCUGGGGCACCGGGAGCAGGUGGAAUUGCAGGAGCUGCUGGACCACCAGGAAUCCAAGGACCACCGGGGAAAGAAGGUCCUCCUGGCCCCCAAGGCCCAUCUGGAUUACCUGGAAUUCCAGGAGAAGAAGGCAAAGAGGGCAGAGAUGGGAAACCGGGUCCCCCUGGAGAGCCGGGCAAAACAGGAGAGCCGGGUCUGCCAGGACCAGAGGGAGCCCGCGGUCCCCCCGGCUUCAAGGGACACACAGGUGAUUCUGGUGCACCUGGCCCCCGGGGAGAGCCUGGUGCCAUGGGGCCUCCUGGUCGGGAAGGGUCACCAGGAAAAGACGGUGACAUUGGACCCACAGGGCCACAGGGUCCCCAAGGACUGAGGGGCCUACCGGGUAAGAAUGGAUCACCUGGAUUUCCAGGGGACCCUGGCACUCCAGGAAGCCCAGGCCAAAAGGGAAACAAAGGAGAAAAUGGCAGCCCAGGACUCCCUGGCUUCCUGGGUCCCCGUGGUCCUUCGGGAGAGCCAGGAGAGAAAGGAGUCCCAGGCAAGGAGGGUGUCCCUGGGAAGCCUGGAGAACCAGGACCCAAAGGAGAAAGGGGAGAUCCCGGGGUCAAAGGUGACAAAGGAGCUCCCGGCGGGAAGGGCCAGCCUGGGGACCCUGGAAUCCCAGGCCACAAAGGCCACACAGGCCUGAUGGGCCCCCAAGGACCACCUGGAGAGAAUGGACCGGCUGGGCCCCCGGGGCCUCCAGGCCAGCCAGGAUUUCCGGGACUGAGGGGGGAAUCUCCAUCCCUGGACACCCUCCGACGGCUCAUCCAAGAAGAACUCAGCAAACAGCUGGAAACCAAACUUGCCUACCUCCUGGCCCAGAUGCCCCCAACGCGUGUGAAGUCAUCUCAAGGCAGACCUGGGCCCCCAGGGCCCCCUGGAAAAGAUGGGCUUCCAGGCCGGACAGGCCUGAUGGGGGAGCCAGGACGGCCCGGGCAGGUGGGUCUGGAAGGACCCUCUGGACCAAUAGGUCCCAAAGGGGAGCGAGGAGCCAAAGGUGACCCUGGUGCACCUGGUGUUGGCCUCCGAGGCGAGAUGGGACCCCCUGGAAUCCCAGGUCAACCUGGAGAACCUGGCUACGCUAAAGAUGGGCUCCCUGGGGGUCCCGGCCCUCAGGGGGAGACAGGACCAGCUGGACGUCCUGGACCCCCAGGCCCUCCUGGCCCCCCUGGCCAGUGUGACCCUUCCCAGUGUGCCUACUUUGCCAGCCUCGCUGCCAGAUCCGGUAAUGUGAAGGGCCCCUAGAAGAUUCGGGAACGCCAGGAGAUGGCGGUGGACUUCUGAAACUUGAACUCAGAGCCUGACGGAAAGCCAGAGGUCUUGAAACAUUUCAGCCAUGUGUUUUUUCUUUCUUUUAUCAUUUGUUUUUGUUUUAUUUUCCUGCGAGACCUCAAAAUUAUUAAAACCAACAGAUGCUGCCGG